GGGGGAAUCUGCAAGUGGGACAACGUCUGACUGCUUUCUACGGAUCAGCUGACAUUUUUCACAGUAAAAUUGUUGAACAGAAAUCCAUUCAUGUUCGUUGUUGAAUCUCUAAGGAUGAUUUUGCCAAGAAUAAAAAACCUCCGACCCCGAAGGCGGUCAAUCCCUCUAUCGAUAACCGUUUUUCGCUUUUUUUCCCGCUUUGCGACGGACUCGGCAUCAAUUCUGAUAGCUUCACAAUUGAGGGACCGCAACCAAGAAUAUAUCGCAAGGCACUUAGAGAGGAGCAAACAGGUCAUUUCAAAAUCCUGCCACUUCCCGAGAACGUGCAUUACAAGCCCCUACCCGGUACCGUGCUCAACGCAAUUACCUGAGCAUCUCGUUCCAAGAAAUCCCAUUCUACCUUGUCGCCAGCAAAUCCGAAGUUGACCUCACAACUUCUUCUCGAGUGUCACUGCACCCCUCCGCCCGUGCAACCCUACGUACGAUAUCCACCAUGCCUGCCUCCGUGCACUCCCAAGACCAGGACCAGUCCAUGCUGGACGCCACCGCCGCGGCGCCUCAAGAACAAGAACAGCAGGUCGAGCAAGAAGAGGUGUUGGAGGAAAAGCGAAUCACUGUCCUUCCCGGAGCCACCGAGACAGCAGCCUCUUUCCAGUUUGACGGCGAGGGUCAUACAUUGGGCAAUGCGCUACGAUAUGCCAUCAUGAAGAAUCCUCAGGUUGAAUUCUGUGGAUAUACUAUUCCCCAUCCUUCGGAGACGAAGAUGAACCUGCGUAUUCAGACUUAUGACACAACGAAUGCAGUGGAAGCACUGGAGAAGGGCUUGGAUUCCCUGAUGGACUUGUGUGAUGUUGUUACGGACAAGUUCACCGCCUCUCGUGAUGCCUUCAAUGCCUCCGAGGCUGAUAAAAUGAGCUCUUGAAUCUCUUAACCAUUUUCUGACUUGCAUUUACUUUUGAUUUGUUCGGUCUGGGGUGUUUGUCUGGCGUUGUGUACACUUAGAUAAAAGUUUUGCCGUUGGGUUCAGCAUUAUUCAUGCCCUUUCGGCAACUCAGCCAUUGUUAUUAUAGACUAUUGAUAUCAUACGCUAUGUAUCAAGAACAUAUGGGUUUGGUGACAUGCUCACCCGAUGUAGGGCUUUUUUUGGAUAACAU